AUCAACCAUUUUAAAUCAUCCGAACAUGAAGACUACAUCCUCGAAUUCGAUAAAUUUACACAAAUUCUGGGUUUGUAUCUGUUUAAUCCAGGAAAGUGCAAUAAAAUCGAAGAAAUUGUGUAAUUUGCUCAAAACAUUGAUGCCCACAAGGUGUUCGACACAAUUCCUCAAUGGGACUUCGUAAAAAGAGCUGUUCGAGAAGAAGACACCACGAAUUGGGUUCCCACUCACUGCUCGUCUCUCUAGUCACGUGGAUCUCACGUGAUAAAAGCUUCAUCAUCUACUAUCACGUGGAUCACACGUUAUAAAAUCUUCUUCUUCUCGUUAUCAUUUCCGUUUAUUUUCCCGCCUCGCAAACCCUAGAGACCAAGAAAACACAAGAAAGCUAACAGAAUCAUGAAGUCUUCUCCUCGCAAACUUGCCCAACGGUACUACGAACAAGGAGAUCAUAUCAAGGCCUUGGAGGUAAUUGAAGAUUCGAUUUUGAAGAUCGGUGGGAAACUCAAGCUUCCAUCAGAUCUUUGUUUCCUUCAAGGUCAUAUCUUCAUGGCACUAGCGAGAAAAACAGAGAACAGUGACUUGAAAUUCGCAUUCUUUUUGGCUUCUGUGGAAUGCUAUUUGGAAGAUUACAUGUUACAAGCAUUCGCUGCAGUUUCUCUCUUCCAUUUGGGUGAACGUCUUGGCUCAACAUUGUAUUACAAGAAAGCCGUGAAGAUUGCAAAAAGGAGUCUAUCUGUUAUGUCUUUUGACCCAUCAAAAUCGGACCAGCAAAAAACUAAACGUACACUUGAGGAUAUAGUCGAAACGACAGGUGACUCGCAUACCAUUGCGGCUAAAAGAUUGAGGCUUUAUUGGGCGGGUAUGAGUGCUGAGCGUAAAAGGAACUUCAUGAAAGUUAGCACUGUAGAGCUUAGAAGUUAUGUUGAGAGAGUAUAUGGAAGAGAGGGACUAGAUGCUUUGGAGCAAGUUCUUGACUCUGCAAGGAUAAACAGAAAAUGGAAAUUCUGGAUGUGUCGUACUUGUUCACAGACGUUCUUUUAUCCUAAAAAGUUUAAGAAUCAUCUUGAACAAGUUCAUGACGCAAAAUAUAAACCUGUGAGAGAAGAUUUGGCACAGAGUAUAGAUGAUGUCUGGGCUGGUAUGAUAUCAGUAGCAGAUUGGGAACCUGUAGAUGCACUAGCUGCCGCUGAAAUGAUCAAGAACCGGCUCGAGUUUGUGAAAGAGUUUGUAUAUGUGAAUGGGUGGUCCAAAGACUGGCCUUUAGCUGCAGAUGAAGAGCGCAGGAAGUUACUCAAGGAAAUCCGAUUGCUCCUUGUGUUGUUGUUGGAGCGUAAAAUUCUCUCUUGUAGUAUUCGAGACUGGAUGAUGCGGUUUCCUGUUCAGCAUCUUAUCGCACAAUUUGAAGUUUCCGAGAACACUAUUACUACCGAGUGCCGUUUAGUGGAAACACCUCAGAGUAUCUGCUUUUUGGAAUGUGAUGAACUUAAUCAAAUUCUAGACCUUCUCAAACGCAUCAAGUGUGAAAGGGAUGAUGGUACAGAACUGAUUUCCAUGGCAACGGACAGUUUAUGGCGUCGUACUCAAGUUAAAGAAAAGAUUGAUAUUGACCAUGUGUGUUCACUUAUGCUUCUGGAUAAGAGAUUGCUGAGAGGCAAGAUUGCUUCAUUUGAUGAUGAAGGGUCAAUAGAUGUUUGUGAUCACAAUGUUCACUACGCCAAGACAAAUCCUCAGGGCGAUGAUAUCAUAACUUGGUUACUUGACGACUAUUCUUUAAUAGAUAAGAGCUUUGGGUUCCCCAGAUCUAUUGGGGCACACAAUCUUGAUAUAAGGAUGGCUGUUCUGAGAGCCAUUCACUUCACGCGUAGGACUUUGGCAACCAGAUAUGCAAAGAAGUGGCAGAUCCUAUGUUAUGACGAAUGUCUUAAUGACGCCAGGAACUUAUGUAUACAAGAAGAUGAAAGUAGAAUGAAUGUUCCGGAAGAUCAAAGGAACAUAUAUGCAUCUCUUCUAUGCGACAGUUGUGAAGAGCAGUUAACGAUAGACACUGAAGAUCCUCUUUUUACAGAAUUAUACUUGUGUGCAGUACGAGAUGUUCUCGAAGGAAUAUCACAUCCGACAUUUGAUUUCACUAAUGCAGAAGAUUGCCUGGAACUUAUACAUGGGCUUAAAAAUAUCAGUGAUGAUAUAGUGUUAAAGUCCAUUGACCUUCUGAAAUCAGUGGUCACUAGCAAGGUUCUGCUAGCCGAUUCAAAGAUUUUGCUGGUUGAAAAUUCAAGAAUACAUUUGCUAAACGACCUCAUCAGGCUUUCUGUUUUUGACUACCGCUCUUAUAUCCUUCCCUUGCUGAAACGUUUCUUGCGGGAGGAGUUGGAAGGAAUUGUAGAUAUGGAUGCCAAAGCCAAGUUAGCUGCAUUAGAAGAAGAACUUUUAACCGAGGAAAAGAAAAGGAAGGAGAAGAAGUCAGGGCCAAAGAAGAAGAAGCACAGAAGCAACAAGAGAACAUCAGCAAGCAAGUCGAGUCAUCUUGAUCAGGAUGACCCACAAGAAUCUUCUAUUAACCUUGAACCGGGAGUUUCAUUACUAAAAAUGGUGGAUGAAGAUUCUAUAGAACCAGAAGAAAGGGGUCGACAGGAAACUUCAUCCAACACUAACAAUCAUGAGGAAGCUAUUAAAGAUUUGAAAAACAUGCCUACAAAAGAUUCACUGUCAGAAGAUGCAACCAGAUACCGUUCAGCUCUUGACAUGACGCUUAAGGCCCUCUUAAACAUUAAGGUUCUUCAAGAGGAUUUGGUGCACAAUCGGCAACCAUUUCAUGGAAACUUGGAAGAACAAGUUCCCUAUGCACUGCAAAAUCUAUUUUCUGCUAUUGUCUCGGAACAGAUAGCAGAAGAGGGACUCUACAGUUACCUCCUGAGCAACUUACUUGCUUCCCUAGAAGGAGUUCAUUCCAUGUCAAGUGAUGCCGCUGACGUAGUUGUCGCGAUUCUCGAGUUUUUUCAUUGCUGGAAAAGUCCAGAAAGAGAAAGCUUGGUAACUCGCCUUUUUACGUUGGCGGAAUAUGAAAGAAUGAGUUGUAAAAAAUGCAAAAGGAAGCCAAAUUAUCCAGAGCAAAGUUCUUAUGGAAUUGUUAUGGCUGCAAAUUCAAUCAGAAACCUGAAGUGUGCUUUUGGGAAUAUAAAGUUUGAGGACAUCCUCAAAAUGGGCCGCAUGAAAGAUGGAAUGAUAUGUGAUGUUAAAACAGGUGGCUGUGGAGAUAUAAACUUUGUUCACCAUACUAUAAGUAGAUGCCCGCCUAUCUUCACAAUUGUGUUGGAAUGGGUGAAGAAUGAAACUGAAAAAGAUAUAUCUGAAACAACAAAGGCAUUGGACUGGGAGAUAGAUAUCAGCAGGGUAUACGAAGGCUUAGAAGAAUCAAACAUUAAGUACCGGCUUGUGUCAAUGAUUGGUUGCGUUGUUGAAGGAGAAUACAUUUGCAUGGCUUAUAAGAAGAACCGGUGGGUCAGUCUCAGACAUGAAGCUUUAGCAGAAGAGGUUGUUGGUAACUGGAACAAUGUGGUCAGAUUCUGUGGAGAAAGAAAGGUUCGGCCAGAGAUUUUGUUUUACGAAGCAUUUCAAUGGCCUAACAAGUGGCAAAAGUUAAUAUCAAGAAAAUAUCAAUAUGAAAACCUUGCAUUCAUGUAA